AUGUGGCGUAGCAGUGCUUCCAGUAAAUACUACAAAAGGGCCAAUGCGGAAUUAAAGCGGUUUAAAAGGGCCCAUCAAGAGGCACCUUAUAUUAACCCAAACAGACGUACAUCAGAUCGCUCUGACAACGUUAACCUUAGCGAGGUUUUUAGGGAAGGCCUGACUCUGAGUGUUGGUUACCAGAGUGAGGCACUGGCAGCACCAACAUCAUCAGAAGAAGAGAGUAACGAAGCUUCUGCUCCUCUUAAUGUGCUUGAGUUGCAGUCUUCUUCUAGUGAAGAUGACACUACUGCUCUCACCCCUGUCCCCCUUAAUGUGCUUGAGUCACAGUCUACUAGUGCCGAGACUAGUGUCUUAUGUGAAGCACAAACUAUAAACUUUAGUUUAACUAAGUGGGCUCUACAGCAUGGUAUAAGGCAUGUUGCUAUGAACGAUCUUUUAAAAAUUCUUAAACCCUACCACCAUACUUUACCUUUAGAUUCUAGAACUCUUCUUCGUACCCCAAAAAAAAUCAGUUCUAUCAGAGAUGUUUACCCAGGGCAAUACUAUCAUUUUGGUAUACAGGAGGCGAUUCGUAACUUGCUUUCAAAAACUGUGCUAAAGAACAACUCAAUAGAACUUUUAGUGAACAUUGAUGGUUUAAAUAUAUCAGACAGUUCAAGUAGCCAGCUGUAUCCAAUUUUAAUAAGUAUUUUUGAACAUAAUGCUGUGGAUGUUGCUGGUGUUUACCAUGGUCUAGAAAAACCAAAAGAUGCCAACGAAUUUUUAUCUGAUUUUGUUUCGGAAAUUAUAAAUAUUAUAAAUAAUGGGUUCGUUUUUAACAAUGUGGAAUAUUCUGUGAAAAUCAAAGCUUUUGUUUGCGAUGUCCCAGCAAAAUCUUUUAUUAAAUUCACAAAAGGACACACGGGAUACUUUUCAUGCUCAAAAUGCUUCACUGAAGGUGAAUAUGUAAAUAAUAAUGUGUGUUUUCCAGAUUUAGAUUUUGUUUUAAGGACAGACGAACAGUUUAGAAAUAAAGUGAAUGAAGACCAUCAUACUGGAACUUCAAUUUUAGAAAGUAUUCCAGGACUCGAUAUGAUUAAGUCUUUUGCUUUAGAUCCAAUGCAUCUUUUAUAUUUGGGAGUUAUGAAAAGAUUGCUUGUUAACUUGUGGGUCAAUGGGAAACCUCCUAUUAAAUUAUCUUUUAGGCAAAUAAAUGCUAUAACAGAAUCUUUAGUGCUGCAAAGAACUAACAUUCCUUCAGAAUUCAGUCGCAAACCUCGCAGCCUAAAUGAGAGUAAAAGGUGGAAAGCGACAGAAUACAGUCAAUUUUUAUUUUAUACUGGUCCGGUAUGUUUGAAAGAUAUUUUCAGCACAGAUCAAUAUGUCCAUUUUUUGUCUUUGCAUGCAGCUUUAACUAUGCUAUCAACAGCGGAUUUGUCAAAAGCAGAAUAUGCUGAAGAAUUACUUAAAUGGUUUGUUGAAAGCUUUUCAGAUUUAUACGGCAGUGAAUAUAUUUCACACAAUAUUCACAAUUUACUCCAUUUGGCUGAUGAUGUCCGAAGUUUUGGUCCUUUGUAUACAUUUAGUGCUUUCAAAUUUGAAAAUUUCAUGAGGACGUUUAAAAAAUGUCUGAGGAAAAAUGAAAAGCCAUUACAACAAAUCAUUAAGAGAAAAGAAGAAAUUGAUAAGUUUGAUCAAGAAUCCCAGUCAUGUUCAAAUCAACAUAUUUCUUACCCUGUUUUCAAAAAAAGGCAUGGCGAAGGGGGUGUUAUCUCGAAUCAGAAUUAUAUAAGCAAUGAGCAGUUCUCUGAAGUUUUAUUUAAAGAUUUUAAACUUUCAAUCAUGGCUCCUGAUAAUUGUUGUUCAUUAAAAGACGGCUCCAUAGUUGUAAUUAAAAAUUUUGUAAAGGUAGAAUCAGAAUAUUUUAUUGUGGGUACUAAAUAUCAGAGAAAACAAAAUUUUUAUCACAAACCUUGUGAGUCUUCUCUUCUGUCAAUCUAUGUAGUGGAAGAAGAAAGUGAUUUGAAAAUGUGGAACGUGAAUGAAAUUAUAUUUAAAUUUGUCAAACUUUCAUAUCAAACCAUGGAAGUAGUUUUUCCUUUAUUGCACACAAUAUGUUGA